AUGAGUUCCGCCGAAGAGAUGCACACCGCGAUGGUGAACCGCAGCAUCAGGACCAUCAAGGCCGGUAGGCGCAGUCAAGACACCACCUCUCCGCGAAAGCUUGCAUGCUGACAUACGGAUAGAACUUGAAUACCUCUGCGAUGCUCAAGUCAUCACACCACAAGCCCUCAACGAACUGCUCCAAGCAAUUCCACCACAAACCGCUCUCCAUGCACCAAUUUCCGUCGGCGCUUUGCCCUCAGCGGUAGGCGCAACGAACACACCCCUACCACCGACCUCGCCCAUGAACAACAUGUCCCUGAACAACAAUGCCGCCCCGCAAACGAACGGCACUCACAACGAAAAGAGCGAUUUCUACCAACCUCCACCCCAAGCUCCUCCGCCCGCCUACGGCGCCCCACCUCCCGCUGCCAACUGGCCGCCUCUCGCCCAGGCAACCGCUCUGUACGCAUAUACAUCCGCCGACGCCGGCGAUCUCGAAUUGCAACCGAACGACCACAUCACCGUCAUCGAGUACAUGAAUGCCGAAUGGUGGAAGGGUCGCUCCAGCCGGACAGGUCACGAGGGUAUCUUCCCACGCAGCUACGUCAAGGUCAUAGAUGAGAAGGGCGCCGUACCGCCGCAGCCGAGCACCUCCAACAACUACGGUAACAUGCCACUGGAGACGUCGGGGAUGGGCAACGGAGAGGGGAAAGUACCCGGCAAGGGCCAGGAGAUGGGCAAGAAGUUUGGUGAGUUUUCACGACCAGGACCUCGAUUCCAUACGACAUAACCUCCAUGUAAUGCUGACCAAUUCGCGAUGUGCAGGCAAAAAACUCGGAAAUGCGGCCAUCUUCGGAGCCGGUGCCACGAUCGGUGGAAAUAUUGUCAAUUCCAUCUUCUAG